UUCCACUCCAAAGUGUUCCAAUCAUGUUGGGCGGGCAGAACAAUGUUGACGGGGGACAAACACUGAACAAAAAUCAACAGCAACAAACCAUAAGAGAAUUUGGUACUGUGGAAAAUCAUCAAACAUUCUACAAUGACACCAUUCAGAAAAUUUGGGAAGGCAGUCAGAGUUUAUUGGAGACGGACUACCUGGACUAUAACCACAAAACCGGACUGUUGCGUCAAAGGCUGGGUAACACCAAGGGUAUCUUUGAGAACAUGGCUCUACCUGACACUUACCUUCAUGACUACUUUUCACAGAAAGCAGUUCUUGCAGAGGCAGUGAAGGAUGAUUUGUUGGAUUUUAAUUAUGAAGGUCAAGGCUCCCCUGCUGGUUCAGUGGGAUGCUGCAGCCUCCUGGAGUCUGACAAUGACCUACAGUUCUUAAACGAUUUGGGGACAAAGUUCAAGAUUCUGGCCGACAUCUGUUUGCCUCCAACACCUAAAUCAACAACGACAUUCAAAGAAGUUCUUCCAUCUGAGCCAGUUUUUAAGUCCCAAACUAAGCACACGGUUGACAUGAAAAAUAUGAAUACAAGAGUAGAAAAUGAGGUAACCACUGUUGACACCCCCAAACUGCCUCCGACGCAACACUCCUCCACGACACUUUCUCAGACUAACGUAACUAACUUCAGUCAUUCUGCUAACAUUAACCAUUCUGCUAAUAUUAACCAUUCCUCUAACGUUCAUCACUCUUCUACUUUGCCGUCUAUGCCAAUCCAGACUGUUGUCCUACAGCAACAGCCCAUGUACUAUACAACCAACUCUGUCCUACAGCCGGUGCAAUAUGUGGUGAACCCCCAGCUGCAGUCCACGGUUCUUCUAGCAGAUGGGACCCCUGGGUCAAAUUACCAGGGUCUGUAUGUAGUCAGUGGAGCCCACAGUCCUCCUGGAAUUAAUCUACCCAAAAAGUCAUCCUCUGGUCUACUCUCCAAAGGAGUCGAGAGUCCUCAAAGCCCUGGUAGCCCUACCAAUGUAGGCAGCCCUAAGCAGUUAGUACCAGGAGGUCCCAGUGUGGAUGGCUGGAAGGUAGUGGGGCCAAAUCCAGACGGUAAUUAUACAAUAGUAAAACAGAAGAAAAAGAAGCGUUCAGCCUCUUUUAAGGGUUCUUCACCCAAAGAUGCUGUACUGGUCAAAGAGGCCGCUUCCCCUCAGGGGACAUUAGUUACAGCGGCCUUGGGAAGUGUGAGUGGCAUUCUGCCACGUCACACUGUGGUUCAAGACGGGAAUGUUAUUACUUUAAAUCAAACUGGGCAAACGUGGGUUGGACUGCCGGAGCCAAUGGGAUUAGGACCAAUGACUGCUUUAGGAGUUGGUGUUGAGCAACAAAGUGUGGCUAGUGUUGGGACAGUUGGUGUGAAUCAGUUUCAUAAAGUUUCUUUAGAAAAAAGAGAAAUCAGGGCUGUUGAAAGUACAUCUAUACCUCAUUAUCAAGGAACAGGCAAAACAGUCAAGGUUAGAGAACUGAAGAUUUAAUCUCCAGAGAGUGUCCCAUGUGAGAAUCAGAAACAUCUCAAGGGUUAAAGGUUUGAGAAGCUGAUUCAUGACAGGAAAUUAUUAAAAGUACCAUUCCAAAGGUAUCAAGUGACGGAGCA